AUGAAUGCAGAAAGCGUAUUGGCAAGAACAGGCUCGAACCCGACAAUACUCUUCGCAGCAAAGGUGCUUGCCCACAGCUUUCGCUUCGGAUUUGUCCCUGGUCUUGGUGAGAGUCCGAUGGACACCAGCACCAACGUCAUAAAAGCCUUCUUUCAUAAAAAUGGCACCAUGACCGUACAUUUAGUUGGGCGCCCGCAGGUCAAGGGUGAAGAUAUAGUUCGGGGCAAUUCGGACGUGCGAAUCGAGGACAAUGGAAACCGAAACACUUCCGGGUCAGAGCCUAAUAAGAGCAGAGGGCCAAACCGCCUGCCGCAAAACCAAAGCUUCGGUAAUCCUUCUUGCUUAGACAAUAAGGAUCAAUCUGAGCACUUCACCUUUGAAAGCAUUUGGACACCACGCUUUAUUGGAGGUUCGAAUCCAGAGGCCAGACUCUUUGACGAAACCACUACGCCGAAAGUCGCCGAACACGCAACUAGAGACGAAGUAGGUUUAUGGAUUCAGCCUCGGUCCCGCAGCAACUGUACCCUCUCUGCCGAUGGCUGCUCUCCAACAUAUUCGCUCGAGAGCAAAUUUGAGGAGCUUAUUUCAACAGUCUCCAACCUCAUCUCCGAAGAAGAAACCAUCACGGUUCCUUCGGAUAUCCAUUUUGCUGACGUCCAUCCUAUCACGCCACUCCUGAACGAGAAAGAACGCCAAAAAUUCUUUAGAGUCUAAAACAUUUCACCUGCUCUGGUCCAUGUCCUCUGUCUCGUUGCCGCCAAAGCCCAUACGGUCCGGGCUCACCUCCGUCACUUAGUGGCCAACUGUAUUCCUCUAUCGUCUUAUCCUUUUCCGACUCGUUAAAUGUCAAGAAAAUCGCACUAGUCCG